AUGGCACCCCACAAAGAAGCAUUUAUAGCAAAGUGGACUGAGUCUUUGACCAAUGUGCUUAUAAGUUUGUUGGUGGAAGAGGUGAAAAAGGGAAAUCGCCCCACCUGCACCUACAAUAAAGUAGGGUGGAAUAACAUACAUGCCGAGUUCAAUAAACAAACAGAACUCCACUAUAAUGUAAUUCAAUUGAAAAAUAAGGUAAACAAACUAAAGAAGCAAUAUAGUAGUUUUAAGAAGCUUCUUUCACAAUCUGGAUUUGGAUGGGAUAAUGUCAACAAAACAGUUACUGUGGGGGAUUCAAGUGUAUGGGAUUCUCACAUCAAGGAUAAUACUGAAUGGGCUAAAUUCAAGAAUGAGGGGUUUCCUCAGUAUCCAGACCUUUGUAUUGUGUUUGGUGAUACAUAUGCUACUGGGGCGUAUACAGCAGGAAAUGCAGAAGAAAAUGCAGAAGAGUAUGUGGUGUCGGAUGGAGAAGACAAUGGUGUUAGUGGCGACAAUGGUGGUGGUGCUACGAUAGGUGAUGCGGAGGAAUCUAAUGAAAACUAUGUUGAUACGGGAGUCCUUGCAUCUGACGCGACUCCCACCUCGCCUCGUGAGAAACACAAGUUGAAUAGGACCCCAAAUUCCAAGAGGAGAAGAAAGAGUAACAACCAUGAACUCGGUGUCACCAUGAAAGCCAUUCAAGAAAUGAUCAAAUUAAGGACCGCCAAAUCAACAAGUGACUCCAUAACCUCGAGGCCCCACCUCCCGUAG